UGCGAUAACACACAAAGGCAGGGAAGACAGAGAAAGUGAGUGACGGUGUUAGUGGGCCGGUGGAUUGCCCCUUACCGGGACAAGUGUAUACCUCGAAAUUCUUACGGGAGGUAGUUAACAACGCCUUACCAUGGCGGGCUUCAAGCUCGGGAUUGUCCGCCUUGGCAGAACAGCAGGAAAAGUAAAAUAUGCUUUGUUAGAUGAACGAGACAUUUCCCUGGUGGAAAACCAUGCUUUCGAGGCACGCAUGGAGGUAGACCCUGAUGGCAAUGGUGCUACGAUUUAUGCCUAUACGCACAAUAUUCAUCGCAGUAAAUCUACAGCCCAACCUCUACACAACUUCCUCUGUCAGCCGACUGAGCCAUUCUACCACAAAGUUUACAACAGUAAUGGCGAUAGUGUUAGUGAGGACGAGAACUCAAUGUACUAUGAAUGCCACUAUCCACCUUGUACUAACAUGGAGAAACAGAUCCGUGAAUUCAGCAUCUGUGGCCGGUGCCAGGAGGUUAGGUACUGUGGAAUCUACUGUCAGCAGAAGGAUUGGCCUACCCAUAAACGGUUUUGUCGCGAACGGUUACGACCAUCACAGUGUGAGCGACCUCCAGACAGAUAAGGUCAAGGUCACAGAGUUUCUUUCUUGUCAGUAUGAUUGUUUGAAUGUGGAAGAGGACAUGGGGUGUGAAUGUAAUCAAAACAUCAAAGACUGCCGGUAUCAUCACAUCACCGACUUCUGUUGGCCAGUUCAGACUACUGUAUAAAUGUAUCAACAACCUCUGUCGGUCAUCACAGACUCAUCAACCCAUAUUAACACAUCAACGACCUCUGUAGGAUGGUUUCAAAGCAUCAAUGACCCUUGUCAGCCAGUAAAGACUCAGUAAUCCAUAGAAAGCUUCAAUGGCCUUUGUAGGUUGGUACAAAAGCAUUAACAAUCUGCCGGCAAAUACAGUAUCUGAAUAACUUCCAUCAACUAGUCCAGAAAAAUCAGUGAUCUUUGACAGUAAAGACAGGUGUAUUGUUGGCCUCUGACAGGUCAGAUGUAUCGGUGACCUCUGAUAGGUCAGAUG